AUGCUUCCUCAAACGGUUCGCUUCUGGGUUCAACGGAACGUGCUCCUUAUCCCAGACCAAGCCGUGAAAAGUCACAUCCUCCAGCGUGCCCCAGCAGGUUCAGCGUUGUAUAAGAGACGGUCAGGUCCUGAUUGACAUUGUACGCAGGUUUAUGGUAAAUACGAGACGCAGUUCGACACGGACGUUGGGUCACUUUCCUUCAUCGCUUCAUUCUGUCUGCUUCAGGUGGACUCACUUACAACUUCCCGCCUUCAAUCCUCCUCUGACUUGAAGCCACCGAUCUCGUCUAUUUACAUUUGAGAGCUCGAUUGCUUGUUUUCGGCAGGAGCAAUAUUUACUCCAGACUUAACAAUCCAAGCCAAGAGCCAAUAAAAAUGUGGCCAUGAUAUUUCGUUGUGUGUAGACAGGUUUACCUUACAAACCGUCACUGCCGAUUGGUUGGUAACUGAGAAAUACCUGUGGGUGUCGCCGGCCGUCAAAUCACAAGCGCUCCACCUGUCAACGGGAACAGUUACGAUCCCUGGAAAGUGAGCCAAGAUUCAGGUCGCGUUGACCUGCACUUCCUUUGAAAGAACAUCGGAUACAAUUCUUAUUUGAUAUCAGAUUUCACAACUCUGAAAUGGAGGGAAGUAAAAUGAACGGCGAGAAGGGAAAGUUCCCCCCUUCAUUUGUAGACAUCCAAAAUGCUGAGGUUGUAGAACCCCCUCCUUCAAUUGGGAUGAGGAUUUGGCGUAUCUUUAAGAAGAAUAUCUUGAUAGUUCUCCUGAUCUUGGCAUUGUGUCUAGGAGUGGGAAUAGGAGCAGCGCUUCGGAACGUGGAACCAAAGUUUGAUUAUCGACAGCUGAUGUACCUAAAGUUUCCUGGAGACUUGCUGAUGAACAUGCUGAAGAUGCUCAUCCUUCCCCUCAUCGUGUCCAGUCUCAUCUCCGGACUGGCUUCCCUCGACACCCGAGCGUCCGGCAAGAUGGGGGGUCUGGCCGUCGCUUAUUACCUCAUCACCACCUUUGCAGCCGUCGUUCUCGGCAUCAUCCUCGUCGUCAGCAUCGGCCCUGGAUACAGGGGAGGAGGGGCAAACAGAUCCGGUUCAUCCAAAAUUGUCAACACCGCCGACACCUUCCUUGACCUCCUCAGGAUGCCAUGUUAAAGGGCCACUAAUCCAGAGCGAUUAAUGUUUCCAGCCAACAGUCUAAUUACGAAACCUAGCUGCAAACUGGUCAGCCCCUGCUCCC